UGUGAUGAUGAAACCUCCUAAGACGUCGUCGUUUGAGAGGAAAAAAAUCUAAAUGGGCUCAGCUAAAUUCCUGGGCUUAUAGUCUUAUACCCAUUUAAACUAACAUCCCUUAACCCUUAUUAAACAGAGAUUAAUACGCCAGCUUACGACGUCGCCUUUGUCUUCUUCUUCCUUGAACGACGAGAAAUAGUGAGAUCGGAGGAGGAGAAAACCAUGGAUCAAUUCUCAGGAGGAGGUGGUAACUGGUCGAUGAUCCCAAACGUGCAGGCUCAUGGUAACUACGGUACACCGACGAAUCAUGACCAGCAGCUAUACAACCUCCAGCAACAACAACAACAACAACAACAACAGUUUCAUCAUCAACAGCAGCAGCAGCAACAAUUCCAGCCACAACAAGAUAUACAGCAAUUUCAGCAAUUCCAACAACAGCAACAACAACAACAACACUUCAUUCAGCAACAGCAAUUUCAACAACAACAACAACAACAGCAGCAGCAACAACGGUUGUUACAAUCUCCUCCGCCGCCUCCUCAGCAGCAGCAGUCGUUGCAAUCGCCUCCGCCACCGCAAACAAUGGUUCAUACGCCUCAAUCGAUGAUGAUGCAUACACCGCAACAGCAACAACAGAUGGUGCAGACUCCGCAACAGCAUCAGUCUUUAGCUUCUCACUUCCAUCUUUAUCCCAUGGUGGAGAAAUUAGCCGAUGCCGUCGAUAAUGGAACACGAGAUCAGAAUUCUGAUGCCCUGGUGGCUGAAUUGAAUAGCCAUUUCGACAAGUGUCAACAGUUGUUGAAUUCGAUUUCAGGGUCACUAGGAUCUAAGACUAUGACUGUGGAUGGCCAAAAGCGAAAUGUGGAAGAGAGUGAGCAACUGCUUCAACAAAGAAGGGGUUUGAUUGUGGAGUACAGGAAAUCUAUUGAAGAGAUUGUCAAGAUCGAGCCUUAGUUCUUAUAUUGCUUCCAAGAUGUUUUGAUUUAGCAAAUUUUAGUUACUAAAAGACCAGUAUCUGUUUUAUCAAUAAACCAAUGUUUAUUCAGGAGUCUGGUUUUCUUCUAGAAAUAUUUUUAGCUACUAAACAAUAGUAGAUCACAAAGCACCAUGUUUUUUUUGUCUGCGUCAGACCAAACCAAAAUCUUUGUGCUUUCUCUAGUUAUCUUUCGUGUGUGUUGUUGGAAACAGUUUUUGUUGAAGAUAUGCUUGAUGAAA